AUGGAAGGAGAAAAGCUGAAUCUGGACAACAUCAUCUCCAGAUUAUUGGAAGUCAGAGGAUCCAAACCGGGGAAAAAUGUGCAACUCACGGAGAGCGAAAUUAAAGGAUUGUGUCAGAAAUCGCGGGAAAUUUUUCUGAGCCAGCCGAUUUUGCUCGAGUUGGAAGCUCCAUUGAAGAUAUGCGGUGACGUGCACGGCCAAUACUACGAUCUGUUGAGAUUGUUUGAGUAUGGAGGAUUCCCGCCAGAGUCCAACUAUCUCUUCCUCGGAGAUUACGUGGACAGAGGAAAGCAAUCAUUGGAAACCAUCUGUCUUCUACUUGCCUAUAAAAUCAAGUAUCCAGAGAACUUUUUCCUUUUGAGAGGAAAUCACGAGUGCGCGUCGAUCAACAGAAUUUAUGGCUUCUAUGACGAAUGCAAACGGAGAUACAACAUCAAGCUGUGGAAGACAUUCACAGACUGCUUCAACUGUCUCCCAGUUGCUGCCAUAAUCGAUGAGAAGAUCUUCUGCUGUCACGGAGGUCUUUCGCCAGAUCUUCAAUCCAUGGAACAGAUUCGUCGUAUUAUGAGACCGACAGAUGUGCCUGAUCAAGGAUUGCUGUGUGAUCUUUUGUGGUCGGAUCCAGAUAAGGAUGUCACUGGAUGGGGAGAGAACGAUCGAGGAGUUUCGUUCACGUUCGGACCAGAAGUUGUUGCCAAGUUCCUGCACAAACACGAUUUGGAUUUGAUUUGCAGAGCUCACCAGGUCGUGGAAGAUGGCUACGAAUUCUUCGCAAAACGGCAAUUGGUCACACUGUUCAGCGCUCCAAACUAUUGCGGAGAGUUCGAUAACGCUGGAUCGAUGAUGACAGUCGACGAAACAUUGAUGUGCUCAUUCCAGAUUCUGAAACCAGCUGACAAGAAGAAGUACCCGUACGGAGCUGGAGGAGUUGGCUCAAACCGCCCCGUCACACCACCACGGAACGCGCCGGCCGCGCAACCAAAGAAGGGCGCCAAGAAGUGA